GAGCGAGGGAGAUGGCCUUAUCGAUCCCUACAUAUCACAAGCUAGGACGCCCCGGGAGCUACCCUCCUUUGUUGGCUUUGGAGUGCCUCACGAGAGCAAUGUCGUCAGGACGUCCGGAUAGCUACCAUCCUUUGCUGGCUUUGGAGUGCUCCACGAGCACAGUGUCGUCCGGAGCCUUUAAUCUUGACUCCGACUUGGAGGCAGGGAAAGCGGUGCUGGCCGAAGAUGAGUCGCCCUUGCGCAGGUCCAACGGGAAAGUUCGCGAGCAACUCCGUAGCGCCGACGAAGACAGCUACAAGCCGCAGAACGUGCCGAUCGGCCCUUACCAUCGCAAUUGUUCAUCUUCAUGGAUUGAAAAAGAAAAGUUGCGCUAUGUCGGCUUCAUGCAGUGUCGCUCCGAGAAAUGCAACAACGGAGGUGGCCUUAAUGGUCUAGUGGAGGAAUUGGUGCCCGAAGCAAGGAAAUGGUACGGCGACGGGGUCGACCACAUGAUGCCAGAAGAGUUCGCGAGGAUGCUGCUGCAUGAUGGGUGCUUCCUGAUUGCUUGGUUGAGGAGCUAUCCGGACGCCCCUCAAACCUGCAACAACCACAACACGGUGUUUCGCGACAUCCUUUACCUCGUUGAGAACCAGGUGCCUUUCAUUCUUCUAGAGGGCAUCAACGGUCGCGCCAAAAGCAGUGGUCUACUCCCGUACAUGGCAACAUAUAUCCAGAGUCUUCUGCAUGCUCAGCUGUACAUCAGCCCAGAGAAGCCGAGGCUGCCGGAGCACCCAUCCCACCUGCUACACCUAGUGCACACAUACUUCCAUCCAACUCCAACCAAUGGCAAUGGUGAAAUUGCAGAUCCUCCAAAGCGUCGAUGCCAGCUGCUGCACCGAGUCCGCACAUACUGCAGCCCACCACCAUCUGCUGACCCGCAGCGUGACAUGGGCAGAACAGAUCCGUACACGGGUCGGUGGCGUCGGGCAACGGAGUACUGCAUGCACGCCAACGUGCAGUUCAGGUGCCGGGACUUCGCGGCUAAUGUGACUUGCAUCCUCGACGUGCGCCUUCAAGGAGGCACGCUGGACAUCCCCUGCCUGCAUGUCGGCAGCGGGACGUGGACGCUCCUUCGUAACCUGAUGGCUCUGGAGGAGCAGAUGCCCAAGAGGCCCGUCACAGCCUACUGCAUCUUCAUGUCGCAGGUGGCGUGUACGGUGGAGGACGUCCGGCUGCUGGUCGAGGCAAAGAUCAUCCAACACUGGCAGGGCAGCGACAAGAUUGCCGCCCAAGGCUUUGCCAACCUCUGCAACGGGGUGGCCAUGGACGUCCAUGACAAAAACAAGAACUACCUCAAGCCCAUCUGGCACAACCUGGAAAAAUUAUGCGACAGCAAGGCGCGCAACUUCAAGGGAUCGUUCCGCCAAAAGUACUGCAGCACUACAUUGCAACAAGUCGUAUUCGGUGUUACAGCCUUCCUCGCCUUGUGUCAGUUGCUGCAAUCCAUCUAUGCACCCAUCGCCUAUCAUUUUCCCAAACACUAGCUACCUGUUGAUGUACUGUACUACUUUCAUCUCUUUUUUCUAUCAUAUCAGCUGACUUGAUGAUCUUAAGCACGUGACAGUGUCGCGCCGUGCGAUUUGUUAGUUAUGACAAUAUCCGAUGAUGUUUUCUUAUCAUUGUUUCUC